UAUUUCUACUAACUUUUGUGUAACCACAUACAUUGUUUAUUUUUGCACGUUUUCUUUUAUUUUCCCUGAGCACUUUUCUCCUGUAAGACACAUGUGUGGACGAGUGACUGCUGUGACACGAUUGACAGUUUUGUUUUUUUUCGCCUGCUGCAGUUGUUGUUGAGGCAAAUAUCGAUAUACACGCGCCCGUGUCCAAUUACACUGAAUUAUGAAUGAACUCACGUGUUUUUUUUCUGAUGACAAUAGAGAUGAAUGUCACCUAUUGCGCACUGCGAGGUGUAACUGGGCUGUAGCUCGUGCUGUGGCCACACACAACCGCCAACUUUCUGUUUGAAAUUUGCUGGGACAUGUAGACACACUGGAUUGGUUUUAUAGCUUUUAAAACUUGUUAAAAUAGGUUUCUUAGAUUUUCAGACACGUUUAUUGCGCAUGAUGACAAGUUUGAAGAAGCUGAGGUGGAUAAGGGGGGACAGCUGGCAAAGUUCUCAGCCAACUUUUAUCCCGAUAAUGUUUUUAAUGUUUAGAAGAUAGAAUGUAAAAUUCUGAUCUUUUAAAUUCACAACACAUUGGAAAUUUACUUGACAAUGACAUUGAUUAAUAUUUUUCUCAUCCAGUCCAGAAGUUGAACUUUGAAAGCGAUUAUAAACAUGAACAAGUCACUUUUACGCACGGAUUACGCACAUCUCCUUUCGUAACAUUCACUCAAAAAUGUCCAUUAUAUGAUGUAAUUUGCUUUCAUAUGCAGUACUAUUUUUUAUUAAACACGAAAAUUACUAAUCUUGUGGCAUCGCGUAUUGCACUCGUUUCCAAUACAAGAUAGUAUCUCUCUCCAUCCACGAUCAUCUAAAAAAAAGUGACUUACCUUGAAAUAAGGCAGGUCACAAGUUAAAAUAAUGACACCUGAUUCAAGCUAAUCGUUCUCAUGUGCAUAAGAAACAAACAAACUCUCUUCACAUGUCUUCGCUCGAUCGUUUUUAGACUCGACACCACUGACAGCACAACUUGUUUAGAUGUGAGCACCUUUUUUUUUCUGCAGCGCACCAGCCACAUUCAUUUCAGCGCUUGUCACAGACAUCCAGAUAUAGGAGCCGGCACAGCCAAUGACCAUGUCUGUCCACGAUUCUCUUCAUGCAGUUUUUCGUGUCGGCAAACCCCAGUACGACUUGCUGCGAUUCGAUUUCCAGGUCGGUGUCUGACGGGACGGCGGGAGGCUCCCAGACCGCCGCUGCCGCCGCCGCCGCCGCCGCCGCCUCCUUCUGCUGCCCGUCCUACGAGAACCGGCUCCUGGCGAGCAGCCGGACGGAGCUGAACGCGGCGCUGGGGAUGUACGGCUCCCCUUACGCCGCCGCGGCCGCCGCCAGCCAGAACUACGCCAACUACUUCCCCUACAGCGCCGACCCAUCCGCCAUCUACUCCUCUCUGAAUCCACAGUAUGACAUCAAGGACAGCACAUCCACUUUACACUCUGGCAUCACUCAGACCGCUGCAUACUACCCUUAUGAUCCAUCACUGGGACAGUAUCAAUACGACAGGUACGGGACAGUAGACUUUAAUGGCACGGCCAGACGAAAGAACGCGACUCGCGAAACCACCAGCACCCUGAAAACGUGGUUGUAUGAGCACCGCAAGAACCCCUACCCCACUAAGGGAGAGAAGAUCAUGCUUGCUAUCAUCACCAAGAUGACCCUCACCCAGGUGUCCACCUGGUUCGCCAACGCCAGGAGGAGGCUAAAGAAGGAGAACAAGAUGACGUGGUCACCAAAGAAUAAGGCCGGUGAUGACAGGAAGGACGACAUGAAAAGCGACCAAGACUGCGUCACCAAAGAUCCUAGUGAUUGCAAGGAUGAAAAGGAUCUGCAUCUGAGUGAUCUGGACGACAUGGACGGAGAUGACUGUGACAAGCUGGACAGUGACUCUGAAAAGGGAGCUGCAGACGAGCAUGACCUCCAAAGGACCAUGGCAGUAUCCGGAGUCCCUCAAAAAAGAGACUGCAACUCUGAGCUGCAUUUGAGUUUAGCCAACAGCUUCCACGCAUUCCCCUGUGCCAUUAAAGGCCUCACCACUCUUCCUCCUCUCCCAUCCAACUUCAUGGAUCCUGUGGAGUCCAAGGCACCCUCCUCGACCAGCCCCUCGGCAGGAACUGUGUCCCUGUCCCACUUUGAAGCAUCGGACAAGCCGCGGAUCUGGUCUCUGGCUCGCACGGCGGCCUCAGGGGUCAUACUGAGCCCUCAGCAGCACGGCUCCGAGCUGAGGACAGGCAGCUCAAUCGGGGACUGCCAGCUCCAGAGCCCCAGGCUUCCGAUCGGACAGUGUGGGGGUAUGAGAGGCCUCCAUGAAGCCAUCAGCGUCACCAACACUGAGAGCCCCUUUUCUGAGGGCUCAUCCUUGCACUCGAAAGUCUACGGCACUGGCAGCUACAGUCACAAGGGCCUCCAACUGCACUGCUCAUCCUAUGCUGCACUGCAAGACACAUGUCAAUACUCCGCCAUUGAAGGAUUCUCUGGUGGCAAAGUAGAGACGCAGUCGUCGGACCUCAGCGAAGCCUGUGGGACCGUGCAGGAUGACAAGGUCACUGCAUUCAGGACGGUAAUGAAGAGGUGAAGCAGAUCUUUGGAAACUGCACCACCAUAAAUAAAGAGACAUUUAUUAUGCACUAAAGGACACACUGGUAGAGCCUCAGUAGGACGCAUGGGAGCAACCUGGCGCCGCUGCAGUGAGAGCUGUCAAACUGUGGACGUGGCCAUCAUUUUGCACAACAUUGUUUUCUAUGGUGUUCAAAGACUUUAUGCAAAAAAAAUUCUACAUGCAAAGGUGUGAAACUGGCCACGUGAAAACGGCCGAAUUUGUGUAUGGCAAUCGUGUAGUGUAGCAAAACGUAUUUAUUUCAGUGUGUUUCUCUGUAUUUAUUAUUCGUGUGUCAUGUUUGUUUGUUUUAUUAUUUAAAUGUGUUUAUCGGUUGGAUUCCUUUAAGUAUUUUUGUUGUAUGUUCAACUGUGGCUUCGUGUCAUUUCGCCUGAUGUAAAGCUGACUUUAAAAGGACUGGGUUCCCCUGUGACUUUUGGAGAUUUGUUUUGUCAUUGUGUUAAUAAUGUGAGCUUCUCCUGUGUUUUA